UCGACCAUCAUUAGUGCUUUAGUUAUUUACUUGUUAAGAAAAACUUUGUAGGUUCGAGGCUUAAGAUAUGAGUUCUAUGCAUAGAGAGGGUGUUCAAAAACAAAUACAUCAAGACUGGGCGAAUCGUGAAUAUAUAGAAGUGAUAACAGCAAGUAUUAAGCGGAUAACGGAUUUCCUUAAUUCAUUCGAUAUGUCUUGCCGGUCACGUCUUGCUGUUUUGAAUGAAAAGUUGUCCACGCUGGAACGACGAAUUGAUUAUCUGGAAGCAUGUGUAACUCAAGGAGAAACACUUACAUGAGUUCAGAGUGUAAGAUACGACCACAAGGAGAGUCAGGAUCAAUGUCACCAGGAUGCGCCAUUUUUUUUACACCUGUCUCUCCCCCCUCUAAUUAUUUUAAUUUUUAAUAUUUUUUUUGUAAAAUUUUUUUUCUGUAUUCUUAAGAUAUCAAUAAAAACACCAUAAAAAAUGGAUAGUAAAAAUAUUAA